AUGUCCCGCAAGGUCUCCGCCGAGUCCCUCGUCCUAACCGGCGAGGAUCGCAAGACGAUCGUCAAUGCAUGGACUUACUACGGCGAGAACGGGCAGGAUCAGGAACAGGAUGCCUUUGGAAACGGAGAGAUGAACAUCAAAGCCACUGGCGACGACGAGACCAGGUCUGAAUCCUCUGCUGAUACCGCUGCCACUGCAAUCGAGAUCGCUACUGCGACUGCCAUGACUCUGACACCUGUUACUCCGAAGCUUGUUACCCUGGGCGGUUCAGCAUCUACUACUACCAUCACAGCCACUGCUACACCUACUGCUACAGCUACUGCUGUGUCUAUUACUCCUGUGAAAGCGAAGCUUAUUAUAUCAGGCCCUUCUGCCUCCGUUUCGGCCUCUCCUUCCGGUACGCCUACCUCCUCUGGCGCAGCUACUAACAUCACCGAAUUCGAGACCGAGUCUGAUGGGAUCCUGGACGGUACACGGCGCAGCCGCGGUUGGUCCGCUCGUUUGUUCUGUUGUUUCUGA